AAAGAGAAAGAAGCGAAAAGACUCCCGUCGCCACACCUCCCCUUUUCCCCGCCGCCAGCCGUAACCACCAAACCCUCGCCGCCGCCAUGCCGAUCUCCGCAAAGGGGAAGGAUACACAGGUCCCAGGCCACCGGCGAUCCAGACGGGAUUCGUCACCUGUGGAUUCGCUGGCAGCGGAAGCAGCCUCCCGUCGGGCCGUCGCCCAGAUCCGCCCCGCCUUAACAGAGAGGCCCGGUCCCUCGCGGCGGUCAUGGCGAUCCACCCGGGACUCUUCGGAGGAGGAUACCACUGCCGCCUCUCCCUUCACCCAGAUCCGCCUCUCCUUGACAGGGAGGCCCGGUCCUUCGCAGCGGUCAGGGCGAUCCACCCGGAACUCUUCGGAGGAGGAUGCCACUGCCGCCUCUCCUCCUCAUCCCACCUGGAUGAUUCUGAAUCGAGCUGGUGCCCGGAGGGAUUAUUUCCCCGGCGACCAAACCACGUCUGUGUUCUGCCACACCUCCACCGGCCAGAAGAUUUCCGUCUCCUUCGAGCUCGUCGAACCGCCUGGCACUUCCGUCCUCACCCUCGACUGGCCGCAAGGGCCCCCCUCGAUCUGCCCGGAGGUCAUCGCAGCGGACCGCAACUUGGUUCUAUUCCAGAUGGUUCGUGGCAUUCGUUGUCCCGCUCAUCCCGUGGACUACUUCAUCUACGAGGCAAGUAGCGACCCCUCUCGGCGAUCAUCCUUGUCUCUGGUACCUGUUCUGUAUCCCAAGAGAGAUUCGAAUGAGGGCCGACCUAUGCAGCACAUAAUGAGUACGGAUGCCACGGGAGUUCUGUCCUUGAAUAGUGGAUUGUUCAUCGUGGCUGAUCUUGAGACAAGGAAAGAUGCGGUUGACAUCUACCUGUUCGUGUCAGGUUCUGGCAAGAGUAAGGGGUAUGAUGGGUGGAGGGUCCUCAAGCGUCUCCCUGUACGCCGUGCGAAUGGCGACCUCCUUGAUCUGUCCUGGUGGUCAACAGAUAGGGUGCUGCCCUACCGGCACCACUUAAUCUGGGUAAACUAUUACAAGGGGAUGAUCUUCGGAAACAUGGAGGAUCCAUGGAGGGAACCUACGCUUAGGUAUGUGCCACUACCAGUGGAUGCAACUAAAGGGAUCUGUGAUGACCGGAAUUGUGGCAGAAGAUGGCCUGAGGCUAGCCACAAUAUCUUUGUCACCCGCUCUGCCAUCAAGUUUGUCACUAUCAGCCAUCAGUACAGCAGCAGCUCCGUAAUGGCGCUGAAUCGGUGCUGGAGCACCUUCCGCAUCACCACCUGGUCCUUAUGCAACUAUUCUGACACAUGGAUAGAAGAAGCUACGUUGGAUGCUGAAGAAUUCUGGGACCUCGAUGCUGAAAACCAACUCCCACAUGUCAUGCCAGAAUUCCCUGUUUUUAAUAUGAAAAAUCCUGACGCCAUCUGCUUUUCAUUAUAUGAGGGAAGCCACACUUUUGGCUACAGUGGCAAAACAUGGAUGGUCGAGGUCCACAUGAAGAAGAAACUUUUGUUAAAUGCCACUGCUUAUUCCGAGGAGCAAAUCUUCUUCAGACAGAUCACUACCAAAUCUGCAAGAGUUCUGUCUCAGGGUCUCCCUCUCCCCUUCAUCUCCAGUGAGAUGCCAGAUUACCUGCCUGAGAAAAGGAGGAAGUUGACAAGCAAGAGUACAACUAAAGCUGUGGCUCGAUCUGCACUACCAGUUUAGAUAUCAAACCAACUUGGGAUGCCAUGUUGCUACUACAUGCUUCGGAACAAGCAUGGGAAGAUUGGGUUAAAUUACAUUAUUUGCUUAUAAGAAAUCUUAUGUACGCACCAAACUAAUUGAUUACGAUUGCGUGGAACAUAUCCUUUGUUUUACGGUCCAGAUGGGUUUUAUAUUUUAUAGUUGCUGCAGAUAUGCUCUACCAUGUCAAACUGGUGAACUGAGCAAUCAUGGUAGGAAGGAUCUGGAAUGGAUAUGAACAAUGUUUAAUCAAGUGGUGUUUGCACAUUAUCUUCAA